CAGGUUUAUUUUCAUUUAACUAUGUACGUGUGUACCAUCAAAUGAAACGAUGUUUCUCUGGACCAGGGUGUAAAGCACAGUACAUGUAACACACACAUAUACACACGAUAACUUAGGAAGUAAGGAUUAUAUCUACAGAUGAACAACAGGAGGUGCAUAAAUUAAAUAUUGUAGGGGACAGUACAAACUCCACAUUUACCAUAAUAAUUAUCACUGAUCCACCGUGCCCCUGCCAACACCAGAGCUGUUUUACUAACAAGGGAAGAUCUGCCAAUGCUGGAAAUCUGAACAGGCCAGGCAGCAUCUAUGGAAAAGAGCACAGUCGAUGUUCUGAGUCCUGCCAAAGGGCUUCAGCCCGAAACAAUGACCGUUUACUCUUUCCGUAGAUGCGACUUGGCCUGCUGAGUUCCUCCAGCUCUUUGUGCGUGUCGAGCUGUUUUACUGAUCUGGUUGUUCACCAGAGCUUCCAAACCUUGUCAAGCAUGCAAACGGCCCUUUGGUCCAUCGUGUCCGUGCUGAACCCCCGCCCUUUACAGUGAUCCCAUCUUUUCCAUCAACUCUCCUGAUUCUACCCCUCACCCGUGCACAAGGGGCCAAUUUACCACCGAACCGCAUGUCGUUGGGACUCGAGGGGAGACCCCAUAUGGUCUCUGUCUCUGUGCUAACUCCACACAGAGAAACAGGCGCCAGAGUUCAGGGUUGAAACCAGGUCGCGGUGUUCUAUGUCUUGCCCUGACCCCUCCCCCCCCCAUCCACCCUGUAUUCAAUGUGACCACCCUGUCUCAAGGCUGUGUGUGUGUGUGUGUGUGUGUGUGUGUGUGUGUGUGUCUCUCUCUCUCUCUCUCUCUGUGCGGUCUCCGUGCACCUGGCUAAAGAAAUUCCUCCUCAUCUUUGUUCUAAAGGGACAUCCUUUUAUUCUGAAGCUGUUCCCAUCUCGUAUUAGACUCUCCACUACAGGAAACAUCCUCUCCACAUCCACUCUAUCUAGACCUUUUAAUACUCGGUUCGUUUCAAUGAGAUCCUACACCACCCCUCCCAUUCCUCAGCAAAUCUUCACUGCUGACACGACUCUCUCAGCUCGUCCCUUCGACAGUGGGACACCCACUCAGCUGGGAUUCUCCACUAAUGUUGCCUCUUGCUCACAAACGGGAACAAGCUCUCAAAGACCCGGGCUAGGCACUGCCCCUCCUCACUGCCCGUCCUACGGCAUGACACUGUCCCGUACCACCCCCCAACAGCACAACACUGCCUCCUCAUUCCCACACCCACCCCACAGCAUGACAUUUUCCUGGUCACUGCCCUCCCACAUUGCUCUCCUCACUGCCCGUCCUACAGCAUGACACUGUCCCGUUCCACCCCCCAACAGCACAACAAUGCCUCCUCAUUCCCCACCCCUACCCCACAGCAUGGUACUUUCCUGGUCACUGCCCUCCCACACUGCGUCAUUCCCUUGGCACCCCGACCUCCGGAGCCUGACACUCUCCACACACGGCACUUUCUCCUCGCUGCCCCUCCCAGUGUCGUAAGCUCAAGGUGGUACAAGCUUACAUAUUCCCAGACUUAGAGGCACAUUCGGAAGGAAAUCAAAAGCAUUUACUGAAUGUUUCAGAGAGCAACAUGUUUCACAGUAAAAGAACGGACAAUGUUACAACUGGCAGCUGGAUCUCAAAACUUUCCAUUUCUCUUCUGUUCUCUGUGUCCCAUCCUCUCCUCAUCUCUGUAUCAUCCUCCAGCCCUGCACCCUAAACUUCUCUCAACUCCAGUCCAUCAGGCACAGGAGCAGAAUUAGGCCAAUCGGCCCAUUGAGUAUGCUACGCCAUUCCAUCGUGCAUGAUUUAUUUUCCCUCUCAACCCCAUUCUCCUGCCUUCUUCCUGUAACCUUUGACUUAUCAAGAACCCAUCAACUCUGCUUUAAAUAUACCGAAUGACUUGGCCUCCACAGCCAUCUGCGGCAAUGAAUUCCACAGAUUCACUACCAUCUGGCUAAAGAAGUUCCUCCUCAUCUCUGUUCUAAAGGGACACCCUUGUAUUCUGACGCUGUGCCCUCUGGUCCUAGACUCCCGACUACAGGAAGCAUCCACUCCACGUCCACUUUAUCAGCAUUCGAUCAGUUUCAAUGAGAUUCUCUCUCAGUCUCCCCUAAACUGACCUGCUUGACUUGGUUUCUGGUCGCCGACCCUGUUUUCUCUUUGUGCUGUCUGAGCAGUAAAUUUCGAUCAAUUCUGUUCACAUGCAUUCUGCCAGGGUAUCUUUUUGCCAGCUUGAGGAUGCAGUAUAAGCUGAACGGUACUGCUGUUAAGCGAAGGAAUGAGUCAAUAACACGCCCAUUUGUGCUUUGCUUGCCAGGCACUCCAUUACGGAUGGGUGCAGGACAUACACACAAGAUGAUUCUGGAAAGGUUUGACGUGCCAGGAAGUUCCUGUGGAGAGAGAAAAAGCGGGUUAACAUUUUAGCUGAGGCACUAUAUAACCACACUACCAAAAGUGUUCACCCCCGUGGAAAUGUUCAUGUUUUAUUGUUGUACAACAUUGAAUCACAGUGCAAUCAACUAUUUUGUCUUUUAUAUUUGUAAUUUAGAUCACUUUGCAGAGAUCUGAUUUCACUUUGACACCAAACAGUCUUUUUCUGUUGAUUAGUUUAAAAAAAAGAUUAAAUCCUUUGUGAAUACUUUUUACAGGCAUUGUAUAUCCUGCACCUAAUAAAGUGGCCACUGAGUUUAUGUUCGUUGUCUACUGCUGCUGCAGCCCGUCCGCUUCAACGUUCGACAUGUUGUGUGUUCAGCAAAUCACUAUUGUUAACACAGUUAUUUGAGUGACUAUCACCUUCCUGUCAGCUUGAACUAAUCUGACCAUUCUCCACAACCUCUCUCAUUAACCGCGUUUUUAGCCACAGAACUGCUGCUCACUGGAUUUGUAAAAAAAUUGUUUCUGGCACCAUUCUCUGUAAACUCUAGAGACGGCUGUACAUGAAAAUCCCAGGAGAUCAGCCGAUUCUGAGAUACUCAUACCACCCCAUCUGGCACACGACGGUGCAGAUUCGAUGGGCUGAAUGGCUAAAAUCUGCUCCUAUUCAAUCAUUCCACGGUCAAAGUCAGUUAGGUCACAUUUCCUCCCCAUUCCGAUGUUUGAGGUACUCUCAAGACCGUAAGGAAUGAUACCAUUAAGAAAGUCUUAGACUUCAAGUACCUCGGGUGAAGAAUGACGAGUUUGGAGAAGGACAUAAAGAUACGGAAGGUGCCGGCAUGGAUGGCAAUGAACGAUAUGAAGGAAAUCUGGACGUCAAACUUGACCAGAGGCUCAAAAUGAGGAUCUUCAUAGCAGUCAGAGAGUCCAUUCUCACGAGACGUGGACACUCACCAAGACCAUGAGAAAGUCACUAGAUGACUGCUAUACACAAACUCUCCGGAUGGCUCUUGACGUGAGUUGGCAACAGCACAUGACGAACGUCGAGCUCUAUGACGACCUACCGAUGCUCACCACUAAAAUCGAGGCGAGAAGACUGAAACUAGCGGGGCACCGUCUACUCCACCCUGAGCUACCUGCCAGCCUAGUCAUCACAUGGGCACCCAAGCACGGGAGGAUGAACCCUGGGCGUCCUCCCAAGACUAUGGUCAUCACGCUCCUAGAAGAUAGUGGCAUGGCUGAUGUAGAUGAACUGAACAUACCGAUGAGGGAGGGGGAGGAGUGGAGAGUCUGUCAUCGUGCCCAACACCAGCCCCCUAGGCCCAAGUUGCAGUAGUAGUAGUCUGAUGUUUGGCAGACCCAUCGUAUGGUCGGGGGCCCUGAUGAUAAAAAUGUUACUGAUCUAACAGAGGGAGCUGGCCAAGACAGGUUGGCAUGGUUGAGGUGGGCCGAAGACUGGUUUCUGUUCUGUAAAACUCUGUGACUUUUUAUAAAGGUAACCAUAAACCCCAUGCAAAUCACUUUGCACCCCUGUCCUCUCCUGGGGGAAUCUGAUAUUCUUACCUGGCCUGGCCUGCGCUUACCUUGCCAACCUGACAGACAUGUCACUGAGAAACAGCUGCAGCCAAUAAACAGGAGCAUCACUGCUAAGCAUCCAGGCCCAUUGACUGGACACUUCCUUCUAGAUUACAGGGGUCCCCGGCCUUUUUGAUGCCACGGACCCCUACCAUCAGCCAAGGGGUUUGACCCCAGGUUGGAUGACCCCGUUAAAAGGAAUGUUGGCAUUUAGAAUGAGAGGGGGAUCUCACAGAGAAAGCCAGCAGAUUCUAGUAUGUCCACUUUAACUGCUCCCUCCUCCAGGUUGUGGGCAGGCUCUUGAGGUGACCCCGUGGGAUCAGGACUGUCUCUCGACCACACCUGGCGAAGCCCUCAAAAGCUCAGGCUCAGUCGCGUUGCACUUGGGAGACGGAAGGAGGCCGUGGCUGGGCGUAGAGUCAGAAAUGCUUGUGUGACAACCAGCAGGCUCGAGCCAGGAGAAGACGUGUGCCCUCUGGUGCCACAGGGUCAGACCACUUGGGUCCUGUCCUCUCACACAAGAAGGGUGGGGCGUACCGCGGCUGUUAACUCGGUGACUAGUCAUUUGAGAUCCAAAUACAAGACUGGGGCGCCGGAAGUUCUGCCUCACCCCUGCAGACAGGGGACAGCCAGGGAGGGCUGCAGUCCCAUGAAGAAGAGGGUCUAUCGAGAAGCCGCGAUCGGGGAGGCAAGCUUGGAAGUGACACGGGGGAGGAGAACAUCCGUUGGAAGGAGAGGGAAAUGGAGGCCCUGCAAACAGCAGGUGAGGCGAGGCUGGGGAGCCUUCAAAGUGCAGAGGGGGCAGGAGGCAAAAGACAACCAGGUGGAGAGGGCAGUGAAGGUAGUGCUUGAGGCAGUGGAGAAGAUGGAGGUAAGGAAGGUGCUGGACAGGCUGGAGCAGGUCUGGGAGGACUUCAUAAAGAUGCAGGGCAGGGCUGGGGGUGGGGAGAAGGAGAGGGACAACAGCGAGAGUUCAGGCGGAACUGCAGCGACACACGUUGGGCAUUGCGAGGAGGUGAGGCCCCCCCCCCCAGAGGUCCACACUGCCACCAUCAACACAGGAACUGCGUCAAGCAUUCCAUCGUCUUUGACCGUCUUUCGAGGGAGCGGGGGGGAGGGGCUCGAUUGAUUCCAAUCCCUGCUGAAAGCAGGGGGCUUUAACGCCAGGGAGACCAGAAGCCCGGAGAGCUUUCAGGCAACUGGAUCACGACACGGAUGGCAAAGUGGGCAUCAAGGACUUCUGCCAAGCCAUGUCCGACACCCGGCUCUUCCUCAAGUUCCUGGCCGAGCUACCCCGCCUGCCAUGUGAGCAACGGGGUGCUCUUCGAAAUCCUGUUGAAGCUUUCAGGGCUGUCGAUCGGAAGCGUUGUGCACUGUUCCUACCAGAGGAUGCGGAAACUGCAGGCGAGCUUCCGCCUCAGGACCAGCGAUGCUUCUCCGAGCUUCUCCCCGGAAUUGGUGGGAGCAGAGCAGCCUGGACCACCAAGCAGUUGCUGGGGUUCUACGAGGUCUUUCAGUUGCUUGGAGACCACGCAGGCUGCAUCUUUGCCUCUGAGGUGUCAAGUGUGAUGUACCAGACGGGGAUCCCACUGAAAAACCCUCUGAUCCCCAACAGUUUGAAGCUUGUGAACUUCAGGGAGAUGGAUCUUCGGGCGUUCUUGUCUGCCGGGCCGAAAGCCGGUGCCAUCGCCAGCUUUCUCAACCCCCCCCCCCCGGUGUGUGGGGUGCAAACCCGCCAGGGCACCGGUAUUUUCAGCAAGUGUCCCAGGAGCAAUGCAAGAGCCCCGACUAAAUAAAUCUGCAAAGAAGACAAGAUCUUAUUCAGUCAUUCAGUCUUAUUCGGUAAAUUCCGUUUUAAGUUUGGUGAGUGUGUUACAGAGCAAAUAAACAGAUAUGCCAUGCUAACAAUAGUCAGAACUGUUAUAAGACCGUCUAACCAAUGGGACUCUGUACACAGAACAUAGGAGACCAUUCAGCCCACAAUGUUGUGCUGAACCAGCUAAAGAGCAAAUCAGAAACACCCAAACACUAAUCCCUCCUACCUACACCAUGUCCCUACCCCUCAAUCUUCUUUACAUCCCUGUGCCUAUCCAAACCUCUCUUAAAAGCCUCUACCCCCAUUCCAGGAACCCACCACUCUCCUUUACCCCUUUGAAUCUACCCCUCUCACAUUCAAUGCAUGCUCUUUGGUAUUACCUGAGAAACAGAUACUCCCUGUCUACUCUAUCGAUGCCUCUCAUAAAUCUUCCAGAACUCCCCUCAGCCCCCAGUGCCUCAGAGUAAACAACCCAACUUUGUCCUACCUCUCAUGACAGCAUAUGCCCUCUGAAGCAGGCAGGCAUCGUGGUGAACCUCUUCUGCACCCCCUCAACAUCCUUCCUCCAGUGCAGCAACCAGAACUGUAUGCAAUACUCCAGAUGUGGCCGAACCAGAGUUUUAUAAAAUUGCAACAUAACCUCUUGACUCUUGAAGUCAAUGCCUUGACUAAUAAAAGCAAGCAUUCCAUAAGCCUUUUGUUUAAAACCACCUUAUAGACCUCUGUAGCCACUUUCAAGGCAUUAUGAACCUGGACCCCAGGAUCUCUCUGCUCAGCACAACUGUUACGGAUUUUACCUUAACAGAGUACUGUGUCUUUGCAUUUGCCCUACUGAGGCGCAUUUAUCUGGGUUAAUCUCCAUCUGCUAUUUAUCUGCCCAUAUCUGCAACUGAUCUUUAUCUUUUACCAGUUUUCUACACUAUCCAUAGCUCCGCCAUCCUUGGUAUCAUCUGCAAACUUAACCAGUUUGUUUAAAAAUCCCCAUGUUCUUCUUUGUUUAUUAAACUCUGGCCUCUUUUGAAGGAACAGGACUAAAUCCCAUUCCUAAAAAGGCUGGGUAACCUUGGUGCCAACUGUUUGUGGCAUCUUGCCCUUUAAUAGAACCUCUACUGUGUCCAAAUGACGACCAAGUCCAAAUUACUCACCAAUCUAGACUUCUUUAUCAGGAAGCGUCGCAGCUUUGAAACUCUCCCUCCUUCCUUUGUAAACCCCUCUGUGGCCCAACAUCACCUUGCCAGCCUCUAGAACCCUCAGAUGCCCAUUCGCCAACUCUGUCCGGCCCCUUCACAUCGUUGCUUUGCUCUGUGACCAAGCCUUUGCUUCUGUUUCAUGCUCCCUUUCUUCUUCAUACUAUUCUCCUCUAAGGUCUUAGAUCUAAUGCCCGAUGAAGUGGUCAAUGAGGAGAGACUAGCUGGGUAGAUACAGUGGGUAUUCAUGCCAUCCCUACUUGCUGUGACCGGCUGACCGGCCAGCUAGCUGAGACAUUAGGUCGAUAAUGAAGGACAAUUGCUGGAUGACAUCAGCAGGACAGGGCUGGGGUGUGUGGGGAGUGGAGGAUCAGGCACAGGGACAGUCAGCUCAGGAAGAUAAAAUCUGCACAACAACGGGUGAUGAAAGGGCUCUCAAUUCCAACGCAGCCCAUGCGUGGUGAACCAGUGCGCAGCACUUAAAACGUGGAAGCCAACUGGGGGGGGGGGUGGAAAACAGUGCAAGAUGGAGGCAUCCACCUCUGGACAAGGGGGAAGGAAUGCAAUGGAGCAAGCGAGGAGGGUGGCAGGGGUAAAGCAGAUGAUCGAACAUCUGCUGAGGAGGAAGCAGAAUGGUGACGAGAAGACGCUGAACGUCCUGGAGAGCACGAUGGGGACCGUGACAAAGAUCAUGGAGGACAUGGAGAAAAUGGACCAUGCCCUGGAUCUUUUGGCCCGGCAGGUGGGGGAGAUAGAAAGGGAGCAUGGAGGAAAACCAAAACAGCAGCACAGGAAGGAGCUCAAGGAGGACAAGGAGCAAAGGAUGGCAUCCAUCUCGAAGCAAGAGAUUCGGAGCACAGCCGUGCCCAGCCUCUCACAAGGGGGCGAGGAGCUGGAGGAGCCAUCGGCGGAGCAAGUGGAGAUGGUGGUGAUGAUCAUAUUGGAGGCAGUGGAGAAGGUAGUAGAAGAGGUGAUGGACAACAUGAUUGGGAAGAUGAUGGAAGAUGAGAAGUUGAUGAUUCAGGCGGAUCAAGUCCUGGGAGAUGUUGUGGACAUACUGGGACGGAUGAUGAAAGGAGACGGAACCAGAGAAGGGCAGAGGAGGGCUGCUGGAAAGGAAAAAGAGGCAGCAGAAGUGGCCUCAAAGAAGGAAGAGGCAUCAAAAAUAAUGGAACAGCCAGUUUUGGAGACUACGACAGAGGUGAUCCCAGGGGAAGAACAGCUGGUGGAGAAGGUGCCAACAGAGGAGAGACGAGGAGAGAUGGUACCAGAGCAGGAGUUGCCAAGACAGGGAAUUCCAGUGGCCAAGGUAAUGGAAGAAGAGGUGAAACCAGAGAAGGAAGAAACACAGAAGGAAGAAGAAUUGCUUGUGCAGCCGGUAUCAGGGAAAGAGGCACCAGCAAUGGAGGUGCUACUGGAAAAAGAGAUACCAGCAGAGGAGGCACCACAAGAGGAAGCGCCAGUAGAAGCGGCAAUGCCAGAAGCGGAGGCGCCAGUGGAAGAGGCAAUGCCGGGAGCGGAGGUGUCAGUGGAAGAGGCAAUGCUUGAGGCAGAGGCGCCAGUGGAAGAAGCAAUGCCUGAGGCUGAGGCGCCAGUGGAGAAGGCAACGCCUGAGGCGGAGGAGGCAAUGUCGGGAGUGGAGGCUCCAGUGGAGGAGGCAAUGCCAGGAGCAGAGGCACCAGUGGAGGCAGCAAUGACUGAGGCUGAGGCGCCAGUGGAGGAGGCAAUUCUGGGAGCGGAGGCGCCAGCGGUGGAGGCAAUGCCUGAGGCAGAGGCACCAACGGAGGAGGCAACGCCAGGAGCAGAGGCGCCAGCAGAGGAGGCAACGCCUGAGGUGGAGGUGCCAGCAGAGGAGGCAAUUCUGGGAGCGGAGGCACCAGCGGAGGAGGCAAUGCCUGAGGCAGAAGCGCCCGUGGAGGAGGCAACGCCUGAGGCGGAGGAGCCAGCAGAGGAGGCAAUUCUGGGAGCGGAGGCACCAGCAGAGGAGGCAAUGCCAGGAGCGGAGGUGCCAGCGGAGGAGGCAAUGCUGGGGGCAGAAGCACCUGUGCAGGAGGCAACGCCUGAGGCAGAGGUGCCAGAGGAGGAGGCAGCGGAGGAGGCAAUGCUGGGGGCAGAAGCACCUGUGCAGGAGGCAACGCCUGAGGCAGAGGUGUCAGAGGAGGAGGCAGCGGAGGAGGCAAUGCUGGGGGCAGAAGCACCUGUGCAGGAGGCAACGCCUGAGGCAGAGGUGCCAGAGGAGGAGGCAGCGGAGGAGGCAAUGCUGGGGGCAGAAGCACCUGUGCAGGAGGCAACGCCUGAGGCAGAGGUGCCAGAGGAGGAGGCAGCGGAGGAGGCAAUGCUGGGGGCAGAAGCACCUGUGCAGGAGGCAACGCCUGAGGCAGAGGUGCCAGAGGAGGAGGCAGCGGAGGAGGCAAUGCCGGGGGCAGAAGCACCUGUGCAGGAGGCAACGCCUGAGGCAGAGGUGCCAGAGGAGGAGGCAGCGGAGGAGGCAAUGCCGGGGGCAGAAGCACCUGUGCAGGAGGCAAUGCCGGGGGCAGAAAUGCCCGUGGAGGAGGCAAUGCCGGGGGCAGAAAUGCCCGUGGAGGAGGCAAUGGCAGGAGAACUGCCAAUGGAGGAGGCAGUGCCCGGGGCGGAAAUGCCUGUGGAGGCAAUGCCUGGGGCAGAUGAGGCAAAGCCGGGAGCAGAAGAGCUAGUGGAGGAGGCAAUGCUGGGAGAGAAGAUGCCAGCAGAGGGGCUCCCGUUAGAGGAGGUGCCAGUGCAGGAGGCACUGGGAGAUGAGGCACUGCUGGGUGAGAAGGUGCUAACAGAAACAUCAGUGGAUGGAGCCCCAGGAGAGCAGGAGGCACCCGCAGAGGAGAUGCCUGGAGCAGAGCUGCUGAAAGAGGAGAAUCUAGCAGAAGAGGCAGCAGUGUCUGGAGAGGAGGGGCCUGUGUCAGAGAUGCCAGGGGAGGGGACACCAAGUGGUGAGGAGGCACCUGUGGAGGAAGCACCAAUGGCAGAGAAGCCAGGGGAGGAGGUAACAGCAGAGGUGAUGGGAGAGGAGGUACCUGAAGAGGCAGAGAAAGGGUUUGCAAGUAAACCAGCAUCAUCUUUAACAUUAGCUGUACAACCACCAGCUGAAAAAAGAGAGUUAACGACCAACGAAGUCGAAGCCUUGCUGCAGAUUUACAACAUCCUGGCAGACAUAGUUAUGGGGCCUAUCGAUUUCAGCCGGUUCAGAGACCUCCUGGUUAGGUUGCAGUACAAUACACCGGAGCCAGUCCUCCAACGAGCCUUUGCCAGCCUGGAUGUGGACCAAGAUGGCGUGCUGAGCGCCGAGGAUUUCUUGAGCACAAUGACCAACGAUCAGCUGUUCUCAUCAUUCAUUGGCGCCCUGCCGGACUCCUGCGAUGACUCCAGCCCCCAGAAGGGGCUCCUGGACGACCGGAUCUUCUUCAAGAUCCUGGCCACGCUGCUGAAGGCUCAGGCUCUCUCCGAGAACACCACAGUCACCCUCCUCGAGUACUACUACAGGAAGAAGAAAGGUGCCAGGCUGAGGACCAAGUGGGCAAAGGGUGAAGAUCUGAAAGACAGGACCUUCAUGGGCAUCUCAAUCUACAGCCUGAUCCAGUACCUGGACCUCCUGGAACCUGACGAUGACUACAAAGAAGGUGCCCUGACACCGGGCCAGGUUGCUGCCUUGACAGAGGUGUUCCAGCUCUUCGAGAAGGGCAGUGACGGGAGCUGCAUCGAGCCGGGGGGCGUGCUGGAGAUGAUGCGCAGACUGUCCAUAAGGGUCAGCAACCCUUUCAUCCCGGACGAGGAGAAGUUUGAUAAGGUGAACUCGGGAAGAGGGGUGGGGCUGGGAGACUUCCUGCGUAUCAUGAGCGACACGGACACCUUUGACCACUUCCUGAGAGCCGAGCAUCCUGCAACCUGUGGUCCCCCCCUGCCCCCAGAGGUGAUGGCCUUUGGCGUGCUGCUGGCCCGCCUGGAGCACGAGGAAGAGGAGAGGGGCGUCCACCCAGAGAGCCGCCGCAUCCUGGUCGAUUACUACCGCCAGAAGUACGGGGAGAUCAAAGACAGCCUGCCACGUCGCGCCGCUAAGGCAGAGGCCCCGGCGCGGCAGUCCGCUGCCCCUCCCAAGAAGCCACCCAAGGGGAUCAAGAGGGGCAGGGAGGAGGUUGCACCUCUGAAGCUGAGGCCAGCCAGGCCGGUGGGAGAGGAAGCUUUGGCUGCACCUCGCAAGCAAAGCCCGCCUGGCAAGGAGGGGCAGGGCAGGAAGCCCCAGAGCAUCGAGGGAGGCAGAGGCCGGGGCGCGGGCCGAGGCAGGAGACCUCCGACGGCUGGCCGCGUCCGCAGGCGCUCCAGGGCGCCGACCGCUCUGGAGCAGCCCCGGAGCCCGGAGGCCGGUCGGCCCCGCCGGGAGAAGACGCCAUUGUCUGUGGCGGCCAGGGGAGGCCCGCUCACCCGGCCCAGCCUGCUGGAAAAGACCCGCACCUACCGGCAACAAUGUGCCAGCUGGAUCCUGAAGCCUGAGGAGCGGAGCCCGAAGCCCAAGAGGAGGAAGGCCAAGAUCAAGCCCGGCCACUGAGUGUCAGCAUCCGCAAUCGGUCAAUAAAACACCCACUGUCUCCCUCAUGUCCUCGAACACCAUGUCGGUCGGCUGGCAGCUGGCGUCCAUGACAACAGCCGCCACUCACUUGGCUUGUUCCUCCCCCUGCACGUUUUAGCCAAUCACCUCGUCUGGUUCUCUCUUCCCUCCCAACAUUCGUCCAAUCCCAGGCACCCGCUACCUCAACCCUCACCACCACCACCACUCCCAAGACAGCACCUCUAUUGUCAACCAAUCGCCAUCCUCCAUCGUCAAGCCAGUCACAAUUGGGAUUACUCUGUCCAGCCAAUCCCAUGCCUGCGCUCCCAAUUUCGGUCCCAAUCUCGAUGCCACUGCCAAGCAAUCACCAAUUAGCAAACAAAUGAAAUCUGAUCUCAAGAUCCCAGUCAACCAGAUCGAGCCAUGUUACCAAGACACAGCCCCAUUCCAACACUCACUGUCAACAAAAUGCCCCCACAGUCCGGGAUUUCCAGCCAAACCCCCAGCUCCAUCACCGACCCAUCCCCAGACUCACACCCAAUCAACCAACUACAGGCUGGCCCCGUCUGCCACCUUUGCCUGCCCAGAGACCAUCAGUACCCA